UCUACUUGAUUAUUUUUAUGUCACUUUUUUUCAAAUGAUAGCGACAGGCACAAUGCAGAGGACAUUUCUUCACUUAAAUAGUUACUUUUAACUGCGGAGCUCGGUGGAUAGUACGUCCUCGCGAAGUCAUUUCCUGAGGCAGUACUUGAGUAGAUACCAUUUGUCUGUAAAAUUUGACUUUUCUGAAAGUUGUUGUAUUAGCAAACAAUUUAACUAUCGCUAGUAAUAUGCAGAAAAUUGACAAAAAUGAGCGAACAACAGACGAAACUCUCGAAGGGGCAGAAGAAGAAGUUGAGGCAAAAGACAUUCCGUGCCUCGAAUGCCGAAUUUCCCUCACAGAGAUACGCCUUGGCAGAUCUGGAGAAUUUCACAUGUAGCUCAUCGUCAUCAACGAAGCGACCUCUCGCUCUAGCAGUUCAGAGCCUUUACGGCUUAUUUCCACCUCCUGCUCCGUUGCUUGACGGGGAAGGCCAGGAUUUCAGGCUUGUUCCAUGCGUGCGAUGGGCCCUGCUUGCUGGAGAACAGUCCGAGGCGAGAUGUGAAGCUCCGACGGCAAGCACUAUGCGAUCAGACAACUCGACUGGAUAUGGCUUUUCGUCGAGCGUGCCGCCUCCGGGACGGCCCUUAUCCGAUAUCGUAGACCGACUAAGAGGGCUUUUGACUGAUAGCGGCCUGACUGAAGACGAGGCCCGCUUUGGUGGCUUGAUAGAACGAGUUGCGAGAAGGAACUUUUCAACUACUUCAUCGCUUGGAAGUCGCGGCCCUGGUCUUUCCGGACAAUCACGUGCCUCGCCUUACGGCAGCUCAGGCAGAGAAAAUAUGUUGGGUUCGACACUUCGUGGCCCAAUGUCUAGUGGGGGUGCCUCAAUGCCUAGCAACAGCAGCACCCAGGAAGGGACCUUCUGUGUGGGUAAGCUAGAGAUGCUUGACGCAGUGCUUCCGCUGCGCGUCCUGCGGUCCGGUUUCGUUUUUCGAAGUUCUUAUCUGAACUGGGGCACGAAUGGAAGAUUACUCGAGUUGGUAAUCGAAUACGAGAAGGAACCACCUACAGCAGUAGCUCCUGCGACAACCAAUCAUACCGGAGAACCUGGGGCUACGCCUAGUGCUCAGCAAGAAAAACAACGCCUGACAGCAGAGGUUCACUUUGAUCUGAAACAAGGUUCGCAAAUUAUGGCACAGGGAGGUGAAUCCUCCUCCAGCAGUACUUCGUCGUCAAGCUCUUCCUCGUCACAACAGCCUCAUCCAAGUAAUGCUGUCCUCGACUCCUGGACUGUUUACGGUGUGACUUUACAAACCGCGACGCGAGACAUGGCUACGUGCGUUUUAGACGGUAGGAAAGUCUGGAUUUCCUGUCCGCAUACUUCACCAAGUGGAGAGGAGAUAACGGCUUUUGCCACUAAGUUUGUCGAAUCGUACUUGUUAGCGAAAAGUCGCGCGAAGCAAGUCCCGAUAACUGCUCGUGCUUCAGCACAGAGCAGAAGUUUUAGCUGGAUUCAUGAUGAUGGUGAAGAUGCAUUAGCCCUCGAUGAAAGCGACAUCAAAGAUUCGAACAUGAAUGAUCCGGGUCCUCCUGUGGAGUCCUCCUCUCCACCUGCGUGCAGUGAUGGAAACGCAGGCAGGGGUUCAGCGGAACAGGUAAUGGACGCGUUCUCGGACUCUGAAAUUUCAAGAGACGCUGAUGACUUCAUCUCUGACUUGGAGGAUUGAAUUCGAAAUAACGGUAUCCCACUGUAGUAUUUCCUUUUCCAACCUCCUACCUGUACCCUGCACCAAAUUGAGGACCAAAUCAUUUUUCUCGUAAGCAAGG